GCGGUCACAUCAUCCAUGUUGUAUUUGAUAGUUGUUAAAUAAUAAUUAUUUCGUUUUAAGCUCUUUAUAAAUAUGUCCAAGCAACCCUCCUUUGUAUCCCGUAAUCUGGUGGCUAUCGUGAUGAUCCCUAGUCUGGUGGGAAUCCAUCUGGGCUGGAGCUACAUGCAAAACAACAGGAAACUGGUCACGGAGGCAGAACAGAUCGACUUGCCGCCGGUUACUUUUGCCAAGUUUGUGUGGAACAAAGUGACGGGAGGAGGGACUUCGGCAGAGUGACAAUCCGUUUUUGUGAUGACCUUAAGAAAUACAAUCUAUUUAUUGUAUAGAAUAAUUAAAACUACAUACAAACGGUA